UGCCGGGGGCCGGCUGGGCCGGGCUGGGGUCGGAGCCCCGUGCUGUGGGGCGGCACGGCUGAGCGGAGACGGCUGGGAGCGAUUCUGCAGCAUAGGCGGCCGCGUUGGUGCGCGCUGCGAAUGUUGCGUUUUGUGACUCCUGAGGAGUCGCUUGUGGAGGAGUUGUCAGUUUUGAGGGUUGAUGCGGGGCGCCGCCUGGUUCCCGGUGGCGAGGAGGGGCAGCGCUGUGUGGGUGCGGUGCCGUAGAGCCUCGCGGUGGCCGCAGGGUCGGCCGACUGAACUGUGCGGGAGCCCCGCCUGCUGUUGCUGCUUCUUCCGGGGUCGUCGGUUCUCCAUCGAAUGUAACGCUGUCGCAGGCUAUAAACCAGAGAAGUGUGAAGAAACAGAAGAUAUUGAACAGUUGUGGACUUUGAUUUGAAAUACUCGUUAUGAACCCUUUCUGGAGCAUGUCUGCAGCUUCUGGGCGCAAGAGACCUGAAGCUGAUGAGAAAACUUUGAGUGGGGAGCUGAGAAGCAGUCCUCCAAGAGCUUCUGUGAAGAAACAGUUGCCUUCUGUUCCAAAAAAUGCUGUGCCAGUUACCAAGCCUGCCUCUCCUGCCAUGUCGUCCCAGUCAACAAAUGGAACACAUGCUUCUUAUGGGCCUUUUUAUUUGGAGUAUUCCCUCCUUGCAGAGUUUACGUUGGUCGUGAAGCAGAAGCUGCCAGGUGUCUACGUGCAGCCAUCUUACAGAUCAGCACUGAUGUGGUUUGGAGUGAUAUUCAUAAGACACGGGCUGUACCAGGAUGGUGUGUUCAAAUUUACAGUCUAUAUUCCUGACAAUUACCCUGAUGGAGACUGCCCGCGCCUGGUUUUUGAUCUGCCCGUCUUCCAUCCACUGGUGGAUCCCUUGUCUGGGGAGCUGGACGUGAAACGAGCAUUUGCAAAAUGGAGGCGAAAUCAUAAUCACAUAUGGCAAGUGCUCAUGUAUGCUCGCAGAGUCUUUUACAAGAUUGAUACAAGCAGUCCUCUGAACCCCGAGGCUGCAGUGCUGUAUGAAAAAGAUAUUCAACUGUUCAAAAGUAAGGUGGUAGACAGUGUCAAACUAUGCAGCAGUCACUUAUUUGAUCAGCCCAAAAUAGAGGAUCCCUAUGCAAUCGUUUUUUCUCCUUGGAAUCCAGCAAUACAUGAUGAAGCUAGAGAGAAGAUGUUGACUCAGAAGAAGAAACCAGAAGAUCAGCACUGCAAAAGCAUGCAUGUUUCUGGCCUGUCAUGGGUAAAGCCUGGCUCAGUUCAGCCUUUCAGCAAAGAGGAGAAGACAAUGCCUACCUAGCUCUUCUGGACUGUGGUGCACAGAACACUUUCUAUGGGUGGAGGGAAUGUAACGGAGGGAGAAACAGCAAAGCAGCAGUUUACAGAUUAGUAAGAACUGAACUGCAGCAGUGACUCCAGUAAACUUGCUUGGAUUACUCAGUGUCAGCAUUUUACCCAUAUGCGUUAGGUUUUAAAGGCUUGCCUGGAGUUUGGAAGUAUCUCUGAACACUGCAGUACUUCAAUCUGAAGACUGUCUAGAGUGGGUAAUUCCUCAGGGCUCUGACAUGCCUGGAGGUUUGGGGUUGCUUUUAAGCUUUUAUUUUUUCCCUCCAGGAAAUGGCUUUUGUUUUUUUUUUCCUAAAUUUUAAAUGGCUGGCAGAAACACUAGCAGGAAAUAUGAUGCCAGAAUGCCAGAGGUAAGCUGUGUUCAUGUAAACUAAUAUAGCAGAGUUAAACAAUAUAUUUAAUGGUUUUAAAUACUUUGGUUUCUAUUGUAAAUAUGAUAGGAUUUGAAAUUGUAAAUAGAUGGUUCAGUGACUCCAUUUAGCACUUUCCAGAGAUAAAGCUGAGGAUGAUCCUCAGUGGAUGACGUACUAUUGAUUUGUAAAUGGAUGCUGUCACUAAAGCACACAUUAGUCUGACAGGGUCGAAGAAGAAUGUCAGGCUUAAUAGACUUUUAUUACAUAAACACUAAAAUCAAAGGUUUUAAUGGUGGUCUCUUGAGCUAAUAAAAUCGUAGAGGAUUUUAGAUUCCCUAGGUGUCUACGCUGUAGGGAUUAAAUAGAAUAGCUUGACUAAUGUGUGUUACUGGUGACAUCUUAAGAAAAUAAAAUGGAAUCAUCACUUUG